GUGUCCUCCUCCAUUUGGAGUUGCCUGCAGAGACAUGGCCGAGGAUAAGCUCUUCAAGGCCGAGUAUGCAAAGAGCGGACGCGCCUCCUGUAAGAAAUGCGGGGAGAGUAUUGCGAAGGACUCUCUGCGGCUUGCAAUUAUGGUGCAGUCGCCCAUGUUCGAUGGAAAAGUCCCACACUGGCAUCACUAUGCCUGCUUCUGGAAGCGAGCCCGGGUGGUGUCACCUGCUGACGUGGAUGGACUGUCAGACCUGCGGUGGGAUGACCAGGAAAAGAUCAAAAAGGCCAUUGAAACGGGGGGCGGAGGAGGAGGAAAGGGCGGUGAGCAAGGAGAGGGCAAAGGGGAGAAGACACUCAGUGACUUUGCAGUGGAGUACGCCAAAUCGAACCGGAGCACUUGUAAAGGCUGUGGCAAGAAAAUUGAGAAGGACACUGUGCGCGUCUCCAAGAAGAUGAUUGACCCUGAAAAACCUCAGCUGGGCAUGAUCGACCGCUGGUACCAUCCCGACUGUUUCGUGGUGAGCAGGGCUGAGCUGGGCUUUUUGCCCAGGUAUAGUGCUGCCCAGCUGAAAGGCUUCAGCACCCUGACAGGUGACGACAAGGCUGAGCUGAAGAAGAAGCUUCCGGCAACCAAGACAGAAGGGAAGCGAAAGGGGGACGAGGUGGAUGGGGAGGCGACAAGCAAGAAGAAGAAGAAGAAGAAGGAGGAGGAGAAAGUGGUGAAACAGGAGAAGGAGCUGAAGGAGCAGAGUCAAUUGAUCUGGAGCAUUAAGGACGCCCUGAAGAAAUACUGUUCCACGAAUGACCUGCGGGAGCUGCUGAUCGCCAACGGGCAGGAGAUUCCAUCUGGAGAGUCAGCGAUCCUGGAUCGGGUGUCGGAUGGGAUGGCCUUUGGAGCUCUGCAGCCCUGCACCGAGUGCCAGGGCCAGCUGGUGCUGAAGGGUUCGGCCUAUACCUGCACCGGCAACAUCACUGCCUGGACCAAGUGCAGCUUCAGCACCCAAGUGCCCCUCUGCAAAGACUGGGUCAUUCCCAAGGAAUUCCACAGCAUUGCCUACCUGAAGAAAUUCAAGUUCAAGAGGCAGAACCGGGUCUUUGCGCCGGCCGCUCCAGCUGCCGAAUCCAGCCCCACUGACGCCCCUUCCGCCGUGACAGGCCCGCCACUGAUGAACCUGAAGGUGAUCCUCCUGGGGAAAUUCUCGAAGGGCAAGGACGAACUGAAGAGCUUGGUGGAGGAGUUGGGGGGCAAGACCACCAACUCGGCGAACAAGGCCCAGCUGUGUGUCAGCUCUCAAAAGGAAGUGGACAAGAUGACCAAGAAGAUGGAGGAGGUGAAGGAAGCGAACGUCCGGGUGGUGUCUGAGGACUUCCUCGUGGACCUGAAGUCAGGGAAGAGCCUCCAGGGUUUGUUCUCGGUCCACGGAAUUUCUCCCUGGGGGGCUGAAGUUAACUCCGAGGUUCCCGAGCCUCCUGUCGCUGGGAAAUCUACUGGGAACAAGACUGUGAAAAACACCAGUGGCAAAAUCAAGCAAGAGGAAGGCUCUGGCAAGUCCGAGAAGAAGAUGAAGCUGACGGUGAAAGGAGGCGGGGCAGUGGAUCCUGACUCGGGGCUGGAGGACGCAGCGCACGUCUUCGAGCAGGGCGGCCGGAUCCUCAGCGCCACGCUAGGCCUGGUCGACAUCUCCCGGGGCACCAACUCCUACUACAAGCUACAGCUGCUGGAGGAUGACAACAGGAAAAGAUACUGGGUCUUCAGGUCCUGGGGCCGAGUGGGGACCACAAUCGGUGGCAACAAGCUGGAGAAGAUGUCCUCCAAGGAGCAUGCGAUCGAUCACUUCCUGGGUCUAUACGAGGAGAAGACGGGCAAUGCCUGGCAUUCCAAGAAUUUCACCAAAUAUCCCAACAAGUUCUACCCCUUAGAAAUCGACUAUGGCCAGGACGAGGAAGCUGUGAAGAAGCUGACUGCCAGCUCUGGUACAAAAUCAAAGCUGGAUAAGGCCGUACAGGAACUCAUCAGGACCAUCUUUGAUGUGGAGAGUAUGAAGAAGGCCCUGGUGGAGUUUGAGAUCGAUCUUCAGAAGAUGCCCCUGGGUAAACUGAGCAAGAGGCAGAUCCAGAGUGCCUACUCCAUCCUAAACGAGGUUCAGCAGGUGGUUGUCAGUGCUGGGUCGGAGUCUCAGAUACUGGACUUGUCCAAUCGCUUCUACACACUCAUACCACAUGACUUUGGGAUGAAGAAACCUCCGCUCUUGAACAAUGAAGAAUAUAUUCAGACCAAGGUCCAGAUGCUGGACAGCCUGUUGGACAUCGAGGUUGCGUACAGUCUCCUCAAGGAUGGCAUGGAAGAUGAUGCCAAGGAUCCCGUUGACAUCAAUUAUGAGAAGCUGCAUACAGACAUUAAGGUUCUGGACAAACAGACAGAUGAAGCCAAGAUAAUUGUGGACUAUGUUAAAAACACACAUGCUGCCACGCACAACCAGUAUGACCUUGAAGUAUUAGAGAUAUUUAAGAUCAAGCGUGAGGGGGAGGAGCAGCGUUUCCAGCCUUUCAGUGACCUCCACAACAGGCAGCUUCUCUGGCAUGGCUCCCGCACCACCAACUUCGCCGGCAUCUUGUCUCAGGGUCUGCGCAUCGCCCCACCCGAGGCUCCCGUGACGGGCUACAUGUUUGGGAAAGGGGUCUACUUUGCAGACAUGGUGUCUAAAAGUGCCAACUACUGCCACACGUCUCAGGCUGAGCCGGUGGGCCUUGUAUUGCUGGCUGAGGUAGCCCUGGGGAACAUGUAUGAAUUAAAACGAGCCAAUCAUAUUACGAAGUUACCAAAAGGCAAACACAGUGUGAAAGGUGUGGGCAAGACUGCUCCAGACCCUAACGCCACGAUCAGUUUGGGCGGAGUGGAGGUGCCGCUGGGCAGAGGAGUGCAGACCUCCAUCACUGACUCCAGCUUGCUGUACAACGAGUACAUUGUGUAUGACGUGGCCCAGGUGCACCUCAAGUACCUGCUUCGACUGAACUUCAAGUACAAGAGCUCCCUGUGGUGAAGUCUUGCCCAGAUGGGGUAGUGGAGGGGGAAUGAGAGGGCGACAGAGACACCAGGUCAGAGGUUGUGCUUCCACCCUGCCACUCGGCUAGGAAAGUGUGGUGAGGAAUCUGUCCCCUCCACCAAAGCUGACAAAAGCCAUAAAUAAGCAUUGUUAGAUUUUUAAAUACAAAUAAAUGAUGCAAGUUAUUUGGGUUGGGAGGUGUUAGAAUGUGAAAAUGGCUUUAAUUUUAUUCGGCCAGUGAAGUGGUUUAACUAACUUAAAACAUUUGGUUUAACUUGUGAGAACCUGGAUUGGGGGUGAAAUGGAACAGAAGGUUGGGGCAUGUCCUCCUUUCUGUGAAGUCUGGCCCAUCAGGAGUUGCUGAGUUUCUUUUGUAUUUGAGCCCAUCUUGCUUUGUCUUCCAUUGGAAAGCGAUUCUCUCCCUCUUCGCUCCUUCCCUCUUACUUUUUUUUUCCCUUCAAUUUCCUGUUUUUUUUCCCCCAUUUUAUAUUAUGUGAAGAAUAAAGGAUGGCUUAAAGUAGA